AUGAGGCGGUUUAAAGAUAAAAUAACGGAACUAUUGCGGGAGUUUGAGCAACGCUUUCAGAUUUUUGGUGAACUGGAGAAAGACUUCAAAGUUUUUUGCUCGCCAUUCAGCGUGAAUACCUCUGAUCUGCCCGUCAACAUCCAACUAGAAAUAAUAGACUUGCAGUGUGACUCAGAUUUGAAGGGCAAGUUUGCGGCAGCUGGCUUGGACACGUUUUACCAGCAUCUCUUGCCAGGUUACCCCAACUUGACAGCCCUUGCUGCAAAAGUGUUGUGCAUGUUUGGAACCACAUAUCUUUCUGCGCUCAAGGUCACGGACAAGCACUUGAAUGACAUCCUGAAACUGGCUGCCACUCAGGAUGUGAUGCCUAAUAUUGAUGCACUUGUGAAAGAAUUUUCAGCUAAUUUGAAGUGUUUUGUAAAGAACAUUAUUUGUGAUGUGUUCAGAAUGUACCAAAGUAAAACAAAGGAAACACAUCUGAAGUUGUCCUUAUUCUUAAGUUAUACCAUGAUUUUACCAGUCCGGCCCACUUGGGAAUAG